AUGAAUGAUGAUAUUAAAGUUAAGGAACUAAUUACAAUCACAGAUGCCGACGAAACUACAAAUAAUUCGUUGAGAACAGAAUCAGAUAUCAUUUUUAUUGAAGAGUUUAUUGAACCGGGCAAAUGCAACUCAGAUAUAUGGCAGCUGAUAGAUGAUUUAAAUCGCAAGGCUAGAACAGCACGAUAUAAAAGCAGUGAACUAAAUUCAUCUCUGGCAACUUUGCUGUCGGGUUUAACUAGUGAACAAGAAGAUUUUGAGAGAGCUCGCCAGCUUCGUCAGCUUGGAUCUCGACUAUUAACAUCGCUGAGUCCGACUAAUUCAAAUGAUGAUCGUUCAGAUUUACCGGUGAUUGUGAUUAUAGAUGGCUUGGAAUACCUCGAAGAUCCUCUGGCCGAAACAGCUGAAGCAGUUAAAUGCAUUGAUUGGUUGUUCAGUUGUCAUCCACGUACAAAGGAAACCGAUAUAAAUGAAUAUGGAGGAAUUAAUAGUGGUGGCCUACCGAUAAUACCUAGUCGAACUCGAUUUAUUUUAACUUGUUCUUCAUCGCAUUAUAUAAAUCAUCAACUAGCCAAAUGUCCACUUGUCACUGUUAUUGAAUAUUCAAGUGUAUUGGGUCUUAAAGAAAAUAUGUCUAUGAAAAUUUUGCCAACAUCUAUUGGGAAUCUGGAAGAAACUAAUGAGGUUUUAAAAGAAAAUAAUCCAGUGACUAAUCAACUGUAUGAUUUGAUUUCCUCGUUUUUUCCUUUAUUAAACAAUGAUACAUUAAAUCAUAUUGAAGAAGCAGAAAUGAAUCAGAAAUUCAAUUUACAUUCAUUGCUUAAAUAUCGUGUACAAAUUGUAAAAGAUCGUUUGAGAAAUCCUACUAUCAAUAAAUUAUAUAAAUAUUGGUGCUUAAAAGAAAAUGCUCUAGCCAAGAAAAUAUUUAUUCACGAACUUUACAUCACUUCAUUCGGUUUUGACUCAACCAACAAUCGCAAGGAUAUUUAUAACUGGGAUGAUUACAUAGAACGUUUACUGGCCACGCAAUCAAUAAGACAAUUAUUAUUAUGUUUAUUACAACAAUGGGCAGUUGAGUUUGAAUACAAUAUCAUAACUAUAGAAGAAGAAUUGUCACUAAGAAAUCCAAUGGACAAUAGCAAGGGAUAUUCUGCGUUAUCCACUUACAAUGAGGACAAGCAGAUGUCUGAACAUAAAAUUUAUUUCAAGACUCUGCUACAAAAAUCUACUACACAGCUUUCCAAAGAUUGGACAGUAGGAUUAGUUGGAUUAGUAUUUCAUACAUUGGUGGCUGCUUUUCGAUUCACUUGGUCAAACGAUAUCAUGUACCAGGAAGAAGAUGAAAAUAGUGGUUUUAAAUUUCAAGAUGUUCUACAUGUUCUAAAUAAUAUUAACUUACCAAGACACUUUGAUAUUCAGUCAAUAUUACCAUCUACAGUAAUGGCCAUGCAUUCACCUUUAUUGGGUUAUUAUUGUUUGCGUAUUUUACAUCGUGCUGGUGCAUUUUCUCAAACGACAGACGGUGGAGUUUUACAUCAGACAAAUCUUGAUGGUUAUUUAAAAUUUAAUCAUGAAAUUAUAUAUUCAGUAGUGAGACAGUUACUUGCACGAGAUAAUGGUUCUACUGGGAUCCAUCUUCCUUUGAUCACUACAGCCCUUAAAUGGUCCACUGGAAGUGAACAAGACAACACACUAAUUGGUCGUACAAUUGAAGCAGCUCUUUCUCUGACACAAUCUGGAAACACUUUUUUCACUAAUAAUCAAUUUACAAAUGCGAAGAAAAGUUUAAAUAAAAUAAAUGAUAAUAAUACUGCAGUAAUUCCAACUACAAUAAAACGUCCGUCUUCAUUAAGAGCAUCUCUUCAACUAGUACCUGACAUUUAUCGUAUCGCUUUAAAAUUCAAUGAUCUUUUAACUAACAAUGACGUUAAUAAUUCAAACAGUCAGUUAUCAUCAGAUAAUUGCGCAUAUACGCGUCAUAUAUUACUUCUUACUGAAAUUAUGAAUUAUUUAGUAACAAAACCAAAUUACCCUGUAACAUAUGGGUUUUUAUCACGUUUAGUUAUUACUCAAAUUGAAAUGAUUUGUAUAGUCAAUAAUCUUAAUGGUGUUAAAAUAAUACUUAAUAACCUAGAAUUCAUUUUACUUCAUCCAUGUUUUCUUCUGUGUUUGGCAUUUCCAACAUAUACUACAGAUAUAUUUACUGGUUCAAUACAAAACUCUCAUUUAUUAGUUGCAUUAUGGCAAAUUAUUCACAAUUCAUUUAUGCUGGUUGAUAAAUUUCACGAAAAUGGCAAAAAUAAUAAUAAAUCUUCAUCAUUUGAAGAUGGUGUUAGAUCAUUAACUGCAAAAUUGGAUUGUUCCCAUGAAAAUGCAUUUAAUAUAGCUAACACAAGUUAUAAUUUUAGUAGUAAUAACACGACAAUGAAGAGAAGUAUAAUAAAACUGAAUGAACUUGCUCAAAGAGCUUUGGAUCACCUACAGUCCAAAAAAUGCGCAAAAGAAAAUAGUAGUGAUUUGCCAAAUAUUUCCAACAGUUUCAGCCAACUCAAUGACUUAUCAGGUGAAAAUAAUUUAGAAUCGCUUGUAUGGAUUAUUGGUGAACUGAUAUAUUAUUUGGGUAACGAAUUAAUAUCUGUUCAAAUUUUGUCAAAAUUAGCUGCAUGUUUUAUAGACCGUAAAACUCUCUGUAAGGCAGAUAUUUUACAGUUGAGCCACCUAGGAUUAAGUGUUGUGAAUAAACUUCGUUACUUAAGAAAUGAAGUGAAUGAAUCAAUUGACGAUCAUUUUAUGUUAUAUCAAUCUAUCAUUUAUGAAACUGAAAUGAUGAUAACAGAAUGGCUAAAAGAAUCAUCUAUGCCAACGUUAUGUAAUACAGAUGAAGCCAGAUUCAUGGAACAAAGGAUUUCUACAGCUUUAGCUUAUAUUAAAAUGUAUCGACUAGAAUCUGUUAUUGGAUUGACAGAAAGUGGUAAUGAACAAUUAAAUUUAUUUGAAUAUCAAAUUUGUCAAACAAUACAAGAGACUAAACAAUACAAUUCUCAAUCAAUAGAUAAAACAUUAUUAGCUAUAAGUAUGUAUCUUUUAGCUAAAAUAAGACUGCUACAGAUGAAUACAAAAGAACAUGAAUUUCUAAUGUUUCAGGCUAUAAGUGAAUGUAUGGCAGAUCAAGGUGAAUAUCAUCCUUUGAUAGCUGAAUGGCUAGUAAUUUUAGCACUAUCUUUACAAAAACCACUUAAUGGUGAUAAUAAUGAAUUAGAUGAAAUAAAUUUUCUUCGAAUGAAGUUUGGAAGAACUCGUGCACAAGAAUGUCUGCGAUGGAGUUUAGAUAUAAUGACAUAUAACCAAGAAAUUUUAAUAAGACAAGUUAUUCCUCCACCAACAUCUGUACUUUCGACUUUCAACCAACACAUUUAUACAAAAUUACAUAGAAGUAUUCUAUUACGUUCACCUCGAUAUUUGAUAAUACCGCAGAUUCAGCCUUCAUUAUCAUCACCAUUUUCAUCUAAAACUUCAAGAAGCACAAGCUAUAAUCUUAAUAAUUCUACUGAUAGAAAAGUAUCAAAUCUAUCAAGUAAUCGUACAGACAUCACAUUAAAUUUCAAUAAUCAACAUUUAUUCAGUAAUCCGUAUGUAUAUCAAACACUUCCAGCAGAAAUAUGUUUACAAUUGGUUGUCUGUUUGUUAAAAGAUAAACGUCAGAUAAGUUUGCAAGAAGCUAUUACACGUGCUGCAUAUGUUCUGCAUGAAAGGAGUUUGUUUUUAGGUGUUGAUCAUCCAGCUACUAUUCAGAUAUCUAAAAUUUUAGAUCAUAUAGAGCAUUAUCUUACCCAUGGUUGGACAUCUAAGGAAAUACAUAAGAAAGACAUAAAACAUCUACCCCUUAAGUUGACUAAAUCAAAGCUUCUAAAUGAUCGUAAGUCAGGAUAUUUGUUCUCUACAAAUCAAUCACAUGAUGAAUUAUUUGGACGGAAUCAAUCAAGACAACAUACUAGACUGUCAUCAAGAAAUUCCUUAUUCGAAGAACAGCUGUCAAAAAAUGUACCAACAAGAGCUACUAGUCGAACUGAACUACCUUCAACACGAUAUGAUUGUAAACAAUUGAAAAUAAAUAAUACAUUCAAAAUUUCAGGAUAUGAGUCUAGUUUAAAAAAUUUAGGUAAAAUUCAUUAUUUUUUAUCAAAGAAAAUAAACCAAUCAAGUAAUACACGAAAGUAUACAAAUUUAAGUAUUUAUUGUAGGCAAACAGAAAAACCUUUGAUUGUUCAAAAUAACAGAAUAUGA